AUGCACUGUGGUCCUCUCUCGACAAUCUCUCUUCCCUUCCCCUGUCACGCUAUAAAUCCACAAGAAGACUAAUGUCAUGUGCAGAGAGAGGAACUGCACAAACACAACAUUCCUCCCUCCCUCUUUUCUGCUGACUUAUAUGCCCACUGUCAUUAGUUUAAGUAGGCUUGCCGCAGGUCGUCCAUGGCAAUUCCACUCCUUGCCUUGCGUCCUCUUCCCAAAGCCAAAGAUUCCUCUUCUUCUCCCCGCUGCCUCUCCCACAGCAACCACUGUGUUCCGCCGGUUCAGGUGCUGACUUGAUCUCAGUUGGUCUUCCAGACGCAAGAGCUCAAAGCAAGGAAUGAGCAAGCACGAGCUGUCUGACGUUCAUGGAGGGUGCAGCCUUCCAUGAGCUGUGUUCUUAUUUUAUAGCACACUGAUUCGUCCCGAAUCACAUGCCAACUGGAGCACUAAAUCCUUCUUUAUGCUUUCAUCUGUUGAGCAGCUCCAUUCCUUGCAGAAGGAAGCAGGUCUUCCCAUACCACCUUCCUCCAUCUUCUCCUCUUCCUCUUCCUCUCUUCUUCUGCAACUUGAGACAUGAGCUGCUUCAAAGCACCAACAUGAGUUCCAAGUGGGUGAUUACGACAACUCAUGCAGCUUUGCUGUGCUCCAUUCUUCUCCUCCUCGGUCCAGCGCUGGGGCUGAAUCAAGAUGGAGCGCUGCUGCUCCGGUUCAAGUACUCCGUCCUUUCCGAUCCCCUCGCCGCGCUCCGGGACUGGAACUACGACGACGCGACGCCGUGCUCGUGGAACGGGGUCGUGUGCACCGGCUUCCCUGAUGGCGGUGCUCCGACCUUGGCCGCUUCAAGAGUGAUCGGUUUGGUUCUUCCUAAUUCCCAGCUCUUGGGCUGCGUGCCGCCGGAGCUUGGUUUCAUCGAGCACCUCCGCCACCUCGACCUCUCCGGAAACGACCUCAACGGCACCCUCCCCGCAUCCAUCUUCAAUGCGUCGGAGCUGCGUGUGCUUUCUUUGGCCGCCAACGAGAUCUCUGGCGGCCUCCCCCAGCUGGACGGCCGAACGAGCAGCCUCCUAGUACUCAAUCUCUCUGACAAUGCACUGGCCGGCGCAGUGCCGACUGGUCUCGCCCUCCUUCCGAACCUCACCGUCCUCGCUCUCACCAACAAUUACCUCUCCGACGAGCUCCCCAGCGGCGGGUUCAGCCGGCUCGAGUACUUGGAUCUGAGCUCCAACCUCAUCAAUGGCUCUCUGCCGCUGGAUCUCGGAGGGCAGAGGCUCCGGUACCUGAACCUGUCUUACAACCGGAUCGCCGGGUCGAUCCCGCCGGAAUUUGUUUCGAAGAUUCCGGCCAGCGCCGUCGUGGACCUCGCGUUCAACAACCUCACCGGAGGGAUUCCUCGGAGCGGAGCUUUGGCCUCGCAGAAGCCUGCUGCGUUCGCCGGGAAUCCGGGUCUUUGCGGGAAGCCGCUCAAGAACCUGUGCACGAUUCCUUCCAACCUCUCCGGUCCUCCAAACACCAGUACCGAAGCUCCGUUGGCGUCCAAGUCUCCUCCGGCCUUUGCAGCGAUGCCCAAGGAGGCUAAUGAGAUUUCUCCGGCGAGUAGUGGGCAGCAGCAGGGGGGCCUUCGGCCGGCGGUGAUUACCACGAUAGUUGUCGGGGAUGUGGCCGGAAUCGGGCUUCUCUGCCUAGUGCUUUGGUACGUAUACCAAGUGAAGAAGAGGAACAGAGUGCAACAGCAGAUGAAUGGAGUUGGAGCUAUCGGCAUGAAGGAGGAGCAGCCACCGGCUCCCCCUGAACCCAAAGGCCUCGGAGGGCUACCAUGCUGUUUAAGGAAGAAGGGCGGCGAAGAAGACACCGAAGAGACCUCGGCGUCCUCGGUCUCUUCCGAAACGGAAGCAGAAGAGGAAUGGCGUCUUCAAAAGAGAGGAACGGAGGGUGGCGGCGGAAUAACCCCACCGCAGCAGAAGCAGCAGGCGCCUACUUUUGUCACAGUCGACAGCGGGUCGGAGCUGGAGCUGGAGACUCUGCUCAAAGCCUCAGCUUACGUACUCGGCGCCAGUGGGUCGAGCAUCGUCUACAAGGCAGUGCUUGCCGACGGCACCGCCCUGGCCGUCCGUCGAAUAGGCGAGAGCGGUACCCUCCACAAGAUGAAGGACUUCGAAGUUCUUGUCCGCAGCAUCGCCAAGUUCCGCCACCCGAACCUCGUCCGCUUGCGGGGGUUCUACUGGGCCGCCGACGAGAAGCUCCUCAUCCAUGACUACGUACCCAAUGGCAGCCUUGCCAACAUCUCAUUUACCAAGAAGCAUGGCUCGUCGCCGUUUCAUCUGAGCUGGGAAUCGCGGCUUCGGAUAGCCAGAGGAGUGGCCAGGGGACUGGCCUACCUCCAUGAGAAGAAGAGCAUGCACGGGAACAUCAAACCAAGCAACAUACUGUUGGAAGCAGACAUGGAGCCCAAGAUCGGCGACUUCGGCCUCGAGCGCCUCACCUCAGCCGGCGGAGGCUACCGACUCAGCACAUCGGCCCGGCUGUUCGGCAGCAAACGAUCGGUGCAGUCCCAGAGAAGCCUACCCGACCUAUCUCCGCCGCCAGUCGCCGGAGCCAGUCCAUGCGGGUCUUCCUCCGCUUCAGCAUUGGUCUCUGCGGCUCCCUACCAGGCGCCGGAGUCGAUGAAGAACCUGAAGCCCAGCUCCAAGUGGGACGUGUACUCCUUCGGCGUGCUGCUGUUGGAGUUACUGGCCGGAAGAGCGUUGUCGGAGGUGGAGCUCGGCCAGUGUAACGCGGGGUUCGUGGUGGAGGAGAGGAACAGGGUGGUGAGGAUGGCCGACCCGGCGCUGAGGGGCGAGGUGGAGGAACAGCAGGAGGCUCUACUGAGCUGCUUCAAGCUGGGAUUUGCUUGCUGUGCGGCGGCGCCCCAAAGGAGGCCGUCCAUGAAGGAUGCCAUUCAAGUGCUCGAGAAGUUGCCUCCUUCCGCCUCGUGUUGAUCUCUGUAGCAGAAUUAGGACCGUAAGCCAUUAACCUUCGUCAUUGUAACACAUACUAAUUUGUUUGUGUUGAUGUGCUCAGUGUUUGGGGUGAUGCAGCGAUCACUGUGUUUUUAUUUUUCUUCUAUAUUAUCCUUUAAUUUUAAGGUCA